UCGCAUUCAUCAGAGACUGUCCUAUCGGAACGGACUUUUACUCGGCGAUCUGCGCAUGCGUGGUGUCCAGUUGAUGAAACGGAGUGGGUCGGAUUCAUCGAGCUAUAGAAACCGGUCUCCGAGGUUUUAAUUUCCUUGUCCACAAUGAGCUACCCAAGAAACUACAGAAAUAUGUCAGGCCCCAGAAUGUUUUCAGGACCUAGGAUGGGGGCUCCUUAUUUUCCAACUUAUAACAGAUCUCGUGUGCAUCAGGACUUUGAGUUUGCAGAGAAUCCAGAUUUGCGUGGAAAUAACUUUUGGGUAGGACCGGUAGCUUCAAAGGAUACUAUGCGGAAAGUAUUUCAACAUGGAAAACAGAGGAGGAACAAAAACAAGCCUUUCGUACCCAAUCAGUUACCUAAAGUGGUGGAAAAAGAGCCAGUUGCACCUAAAAAUCCAGAGAAGAAGACAAUAGAAAACCCAAAAGAUGCGACUAAUAAUCCCCAGAACCAUGAAGCUAUCGGUCAACCACAGAAUUCAGGAGCACCGGGUGCAGCUAAAAAGCCAAGGCCGAGGAAGAUGAACACCUUCCGUAGAAGAGGAAAAAAAUCAAGAGCUGUGGCUUAUUAUCCACAGAACCAUGAAGCCACCAGUCAACCACAGAAUUCAGCAGAUGCAGCAGGGAAACCACAGCAGCCGAUGCCGAAAGAUGUCAGUGUGACACCUGAAGAUACAGCUACGAACUCGCUGCAGCCAAACCCACCAUGUGUCAACCAACCAGAAAAUGCAGAUGAUGAUCAACAGAGCAAGACGAACACUCAGAAUGGAGACAACAAGAAACGUGACGCUGCGGAGAUGACCAGAGAUGCUGAUUUGCCAAGUCAACCACACAAGAAAUUGAAGACAGAUGAGAACGGCCCUCCUGCAGAGCAGGUUGACCUUGUAAAUAAGUAUGGAUUGCGAGGUGAUACCAGUGCAAUGUACUCCUGUGGCUUGUGUCGGUAUCAUACCCUGGACGAGAAGCUAAUCCAGAUACAUUUCUUAACCUAUAAGCACAAAAUGGUGCUGAAGCAUCUGCGGAACCACCUCCCGAAAAACAGAGUGAACUUCCUUAAUGGACAACUUAUAUCGAAGAUGAAAACGUCCUUGGGACAAAAGAGCAACAACGUGAAUCUCGUCAGAAACGUAUUUACACAAAUAAGUCCAACACAUUAUCUGCAUCGUAUUGAAGCCACGCAUUGUGAGGUAUGCGGUAUUCUCAUUCCAGAUGACCCAGAUCUCCUACCAGCACACAUACAAUCACUCGACCACAAGCAGAAUCUCCAGGUUAAAUUGGAGAACAUUAAGACCAACAGCGUUACGACAGCAAAGGAGCUUCUGCAGGAUUUUGAAAGGCAAAAACAAUCCAAAAUGGGACCGCAUUCCUCUAAGGACAAAGCGACCUCUUCAGCACAGGGUCACUAUUCCUCCAGGUACAGAGCGGCCUCUUCAUCACAGGGUCACUAUUCCUCUAAGUACAGAGCGGCCUCUUCAUCACAGACUCCAUCUAAUGCCAUAGCGGUCAGUUCAUCGAAGGUGAGCAGCACACUUGAAAUCCUGGUCCCUGAAGAAGAUGAUGAUGCUGAAUCCAAUGGUCAAGAGUUCCCUGUUAUAUACAAUGAAGGUCCUGUUGAUGCGAAUAAAGACUGUGAUAAUAUGGUGUUUGAACCUGAUCCCAUGACUGAUGGGAACGUUAAAGAUGAUGAAACGGAGGAGGAGGCGGCUGAGGCCCCAUGAUGUCACUUACUGUCUCUCAAUAUGGAACAUAAGUUUGUAACUUCUACAGAUUCUAAUUCAUUUUUAGGUGUCUUGUUUGAUUAGAUGAAAUGUUGGUUGCUUCAUUAUGUUUCUUUAUGCUUUUAUUUAUUUUUAAACAUCUGAGCCGUAAAUACAAGUGGUUGUAUAGAGAA